CUGGCAACGGCUCUAGCGAUUGGCUAACCCGUCUGCAGCCAAGGCCAAUGGUUAGGUACCUGGCAAACGCUCGUCGCGGCGACUGCGGCUGCGCCGAAAAUUCGAAUCGGCGGCGGCUCCUGUCUCGCGGUGCUGGUGGGCUGGUGCUGGCGCCCCCUUCCGCCAUGGACGAGCGGGAAAAUGUGUUCCAAAUGUUUGAAGCCCACAUGCAGAACUACAAGGGCAGUGACCCACUUGGUGAAUGGGAAAGUUAUAUGCAGUGGGUAGAAGAUAAUUUUCCUGAAAAUAAAGAAUACGUGACAACUCUAUUAGAACGUUUAAUGAAGGAAUUUUUAGAUAAGAAGAGAUACCACAGUGACCCAAGAUUCAUCAAUUACUGUUUAAAAUUUGCUGAGUGCAACAGUGACCGUCAUCAGUUUUUUGAGUUUCUGUACAACCAUGGGAUCGGGACUCUAUCCUCUCCUCUGUACAUAGCCUGGGCUGGGCAUCUGGAGGCCCAGGGAGAGCUGCAACAUGCCAGUGCCAUUUUUCAGAAAGGAAUUCAGAACCAGGCACAGCCUGGAGAGCUUCUACAGCAGCAGUACAGGUUAUUUCAGACACGUGUCACCAGAACCCAUUUGCCAGCUCAAGCUAGAACCUUAGGAUCUCUACAUAAUGCUCAGGUUUUGAUGACAUCAAAAUCAAAUCCAGGAAAUAACUCAGCCUGUAUUUCUAAGAAUCAGGGUCCAGAAGUUUCUAAAGUAAUAUCUUCAGAGGGUGAUAAAGAGUCAAAUAUGGAACAAAGAGUGGUCGUGAUUUCUAAAUCAGGAUACUCUGCACAGCCCUCUCUGGCAGCCAGAGCUGACGUUCAGCAGGUUGUUAUGUACUGCAAAGAGAAGCUUAUUUGUGGAGAGUCAGAAUUCUCCUUUGAAGAGCUGAGAGCCCAGAAGUACAAUCAACGGAGAAAGCAUGAGCAGUGGGUAAAUGAAGACAGAAAUUAUAUGAAAAGGAAAGAAGCAAGUGCUUUUGAAGAACAACAAUUGAAAGAGAAAAUGGAUGAACUUUAUAGGAAGUUGCAUCAAGUGAUGGAGACAUCCCAGGAGAGCCUGCCUGCUUUUCAGGAAAUCCCUGAGGUUAACGCAGCACGUGUAGAGCCAAGUGUGGGCUCCCAGCAGGAACUGAGCACUCCGUCUCUGCCAGCUGUAACUCAGGAGACCUCAGAGCACAUAGGAGCGAAACCCAGACAGGCACCUCCUGCAGUUUCUCCUGAGGCCAGUGCUGUCACUGCUGCUUUGGUGUCCCCAGCCAUCAGCCAGAGUGUAGCUCCUCCUGUUCCUUUGACAGCCCAGCCAGUGACAGACUCCAUGUUUUCAGUGGCCGGGAAAGAUGCCAGAUGUGUGACUACAAGUGCCCAGGAAUUCAAGUCACAGAACAGAGCAGAGAUAAGAGAAGGAUGUGAAACACAUAAGGUUUUUAACACAACUUCUUUUCACACAACUCCAAACACAUCACUGGGAAUGGUUCAGGCAACACCAUCCAAAGCGCAGCCGUCACCCACCGUGCACACAAAAGAAGCAUUAGGGUUCAUCAUGAAUAUGUUCCAGGCUCCUACACUUCCUGAUGUUUCUGAUGACAAAGAAGAAUGGCCAUCUCUAGAUCAGAAUGAAGAUGCAUUUGAAGCCCAGUUUCAAAAAAACACAAGAUCCUCUGGAGCUUGGGGAGUCAAUAAGAUUAUUUCUUCUUUGUCAUCUGCUUUUUCUGUGUUUGAAGAUGGAAACAAAGAAAAUUAUGGAUUACCACAGCCAAAAAAUAAACCCACAGGAGCCAGGACCUUUGGAGAACGUUCUAUAAGCAGAUUUUCUCCAAAACCAAAGGAAGUCGCUCAUGCUGAAGAGUUUUGGGAUGACUCCACUGUGUGGGGUGUCCGCUGCACCAAGACACUGGCACCCAGUCCUAAGAGCCCAGGACACUUUACAUCUGCUGCACGGCUUGCAUCUACUCCUUUCCACAAACUUCCAGUGGACUCAGCACAAGCUCUGGAAGAUAAAGAGAAUGUGGCAGCACAGUGCACCCAUGUGACUUUGGAUACUUGUGAAGAAAACAUGGUGGAGCCCUCAAAAGACAAAAGGUUCAGUUCAAUUCAAGAGAAAAGCCCAGAACCAGCAUCCCCCACCAAUGCAUCUGCAGCAUCCUCGCUGCAUCCGAGCCAGCCAAUUCCCGGUGGUGUGCUGACCAGCAAGGCGGAGCAGAGCCUGAAGGCUUGUACACUCACAGACACAGACCUUGCUGUUGUGGGGGAGCCAUCAGACGCCAGCACUGGGCUCCAGGCAGAAUGGAUGCAUCCUCGUUCACUUAGGAAUGUCAAUACCCCAAACUUCACUGUUGAAAAUCCAUGGGAUGAUCGACUGAUUUUCAAACUUCUGUCCAGGCUUUCUCAACCAGUGUGCUCCUAUCCAAAUGCUUUUGAGUGGCAGUGCAAGCUUCCUGCCAUCAAGCCCAAGACUGAGUUUCAACUGGGUUCUUUGCUGGUCUAUAUUGAUCACCUUCUUGGAGAAGGGGCUUUUGCCCAAGUCUAUGAAGUUACCCAUGGAGAUGUGAAGGAUACCAAAAGUAAACAGAAAUUUGUUUUGAAGGUCCAGAAGCCCGCCAACCCAUGGGAGUUCUAUGUUGGGACCCAGCUGAUGGAGAGACUAAAGCCCAGUGUGCAACACAUGUUCAUCAAAUUCUAUUCUGCCCACUUCUUCCAGGAUGGCAGUGUAUUAGUGGGAGAUCUCUAUAGCUAUGGGACAUUACUAAAUGCCAUUAAUCUCUAUAAAAACACCCCUGAGAAAGUGAUGCCUCAAGCUCUAGUGCUGUCCUUUGCUAUCAGGAUGCUGCACAUGAUUGAAGAAGUUCAUGGCUGCGAGAUCAUCCAUGGAGACAUUAAGCCAGACAACUUCAUACUCGGAAGCAGAUUUUUGGAACAGGACAGAGAAGGUGAUGACUUUUCUGCUGGCUUGGCGCUAAUUGACUUGGGUCAGAGUAUAGAUAUGAAACUUUUUCCAAAAGGAACUACAUUUACAGGAAAGUGUGAAACAUCCGGUUUUCAGUGUACUGAGAUGCUCAGUAACAAACCAUGGAACUACCAGAUUGAUUACUUUGGAGUUGCUGCAACAGUGUACUGCAUGCUUUUUGGCUCUUAUAUGAAAGUGAAAAAUGAAGGAGGAAUCUGGAAGCCUGAAGGUCUUUUCAGACGGCUUCCUCAUUUGGAUAUGUGGAAUGAAUUUUUUCACAUAAUGUUGAAUAUACCAGAUUGUCAUCACCUUCCAUCUUUGGAUUUGUUAAGGCAAAAGCUGAAAAAAAUAUUUCAACAACACUAUACAAACAAGAUUAAGACCCUCCAUAAUAGGCUAAUUGUACUGCUCUUAGAAUAUAAGCGUUCUCGAAAAUAAGAUAUGGACACUGCUGAAAAAUCACUUUGUAAAUGCUGGCCUGCUCACUUUCAGCCUUAAUGUCUCUACUUUCAUUGUUUGUGUCAAUGUUUCUUUUUAAAAAGUCUGCAAAAUAUAUUCAUGUUAUUGCUUCAUUGUUAUCAAUAUUUCAACAGAAUACACAUAAUAAGGCCCCUGUGUAGCAGGGCUGCUCUUGUGAUGUAAACAUUCAUGAGAAGAAUUGGGAUGUGAACAUUCUCUAAAACUGCUUAAACACUGACCUGUUCUCUGUAAGCCCGAAAGUGGCCAAAACGGCUUCCCCUCUCUCCCAAAUUUGAGGGCUUAUAUCCAUGUGAAAAAAUUUCCUAAACCUAUCCCAGGGACUCAGGUUGUUAUGAACAAAGGUUGCCUGUCUUUAAUUGCCUGUUCUUCAUUGCUAUGUAUGGGAAAUAUUAAAGAGAUAAAUCUUCAAGUUCUUCAUUAUUUAAAAUUGCCAUUUAGAGGACUAUCUUGCAUCUUAAAAAUAGUCUUACAAGCUGUAGAAAUCUUUAAAUUAGCCCUAAAAUUAAAGCAUCCAACUUAGCAUUUAUUGAUGUUUAAAGCUGGAAGGGUGCUAUAACCUGAACUGACCUCCCCCCACCUUCCCCUCCGGUGAUAGCAUUAUGAGGAAAACGACUCUGAGGCAGCACUCAAUUCAAGAAUCCAAGCGUAUAGGUUGGACUGCUUCGUCCUCCUACACUCACUCCCACUCCUCCGUGUUCUCCAUUCCAGUGGUCACCAGAACCCAUGUUCUGUGAGUUUCCUAAAAUGUUUUUGUGCAUAUUUCCAAGUAUUUUUGACACAUCUGACAGACCUCUGCUUUUUUCACUUAAUGUAUAUGGUCAAGAGUAACUACAUAUAACAUGGUCUCAUUCUUGUUAAUGGCUGUGUAAAACUUGGUUACAUAUUUGUAAAUUCCUAGAAGCAAAAUUCUGGGUUAAAAUUAGUAUUUUGUGUCAGUAUUUGCAGACUGCCCCCACGGGGGCUGUGCCAGCCUGCAUGGAAGUCUUUGUUCCCCACACCUCCACUAACAUCACAGCGCUGUGACCUUUGCUGCUGUGACAGGUGAAAAAUAGGAUUUCCUUGUGGUCAUUUGCAUUCUCUUGUGAAUUAUGCCAAAUAUAUUUGUAUUCAA